AGCUAGGUCACUGAGAAGUCUUUCAUAGACUAGGGUUUUUGAACAAGAUGAAGGAAUUACAUGGUGCAAUGAGGGGAUCAUGUGACACAUUUGUGGUGAUGGGAAACUGCACAUCACAUGGGGGAGUGGUAUUUGGGAAAAACUCAGAUCGGCCUCGGGAUGAAGUCCAGGAGAUCGUCUACGUCCCUGGUCAGGAUCACCAAGAGAGCACAGUUCAGUGUACGUACAUCGAGAUCGAGCAGGCGAAAUGGACUCAUGGGGUGAUACUGAGCAAGCCAGCAUGGAUGUGGGGAGCCGAAAUGGGAGCCAACGACAAGAACGUCUGCAUCGGAAAUGAAGCCGUCUGGACUAAGGCCAUGGACUCACAUGAGGACUCAAAGGAAAAACUCCUUGGGAUGGAUCUUGUGCGCUUGGGUUUGGAGAGAGGAGGAACAGCCAAAGAAGCCCUAGAUGUCAUCGUGGGUUUGCUCGAGAAAUACGGGCAAGGCGGUCCGUGUUCGGACUCCGAUCCGGACUUCACCUAUCAUAACAGCUUCCUCAUUGCUGACCCUAAAGAGGCUUGGGUUUUGGAAACUGCUGGGCCACUCUGGGCUGCCUUGAAAAUCACUGGUGGAGUGUACAACAUCUCGAACCAGCUGUCGAUCCGGACAGAAAUCACGCUGAGCUCCCCCCACCUCCAGGAAAUAGCUAAAGAGAAAGGUUGGUGGAAUGGAAAUGGAGAAUUCAAUUUUGCUGAAGCAUUGGAUUCUGGUGGAGGAGCUGCCUGCAUCCGUGAGACCUCUGGUCGUCGACUUCUCACAACCCUCUCCAAGGAUCGGGCUUUCGAGGUUGAUCACAUGAUGGAAGUGUUGAGGAAUACGGAAUCUGGGAUAGCCCGGGAUUCUAGCCACUCUCAUCCAACUGCUUCCAGUCAGGUCUCUGAAUUGCGUGGGGAAGGAAUGAAGGGACCCAGCUGCCACUGGUUCACAGGCACCCCUGAUCCCAUCAGAUCCGUAUUCAAGCCUUUUGUCUUCGUCCCAGAUGUAUGUAUAUCCACUCAUCUUCAGAGUCCUGUGUUUCCUCCUCAUGAGGAUCCAGCUAAGAUGAAGCCACGGUUCCGGAAGGAGGUGGAUCGACGACACCACUUGUACCGUCUCCACGAAAAGGCAUGGAUGGGGAACAACAAGGAUCACCUGUCCACAUUGAAAGACCUGGAAAGCAAAUGCAUAGCAGAGAUGAAAGCAUUUCUUGCCGAUUAUUCACCCGAGCGAGAUGCAGAACUCAAGGACCUCCUCGUAGAUGUUGUCCUCUCCGAGAUGAAGUUCUACCCGACUCAGAGUCACAUCUAGAUUCAGUACUCUACUGCACGAUGGAUCUACCCUUGAGUUCAGUCUGGUCUGGUCUGCCUCACACCUCACCUUAGCACUUUACCCCUGUUUUUGCCCAGUGCUGGUUGUUUGAUCAUCACCAUGCCUGAUGUUGUUCCAAAGAUCAUUUUAGAAAGAUUAGGCUUACACGCCUGUGAUGAUAUCUUUUAGGGCUCCAUCAUUUGGUUGCUCCUAUUUACUCUCUCUGGUG